UUUACACUGAAUUUAUUUUGAGGUAUAAAUAAAAUAAUGUUUAUGAAAAUAUAUAAGCAAUAUUAUUAUGUCAAUUAUGUAACGGCAAAAAAUGUAUGGUAUCUGGUACACUGAAAUCUACAUAUAAUUUCAGAACACGCAUAAAGAUGAUUAUAAAAUGGACUUUUAUUGCUGUCGUGCUGUACUUAGAUUUGGUGCAAUGCAUACCACAGGAGUUGAAAAUAACUAAAGGCGUGAUUAAAGGACAAAUUUUGAAAUCUCGAAAUGGGCGGUCUUAUUAUUCUUAUACCGGAAUACCAUACGCAAAACCACCAAUUGGAGAACUUAGGUUUAAGGCACCAGUACCGGUGGGACCAUGGGACGGCAUAUUGGACGCUACGAAAGAAUCAAAUAUCUGUAUUCAACAGGGAAGCACGGACGGUCAGGAAGACUGUUUGUAUUUAAAUGUAUAUUCUCCAAAAACGAAUGAAAAGUCGUUACCAGUCAUGUUUUGGAUUCACGGAGGAGGAUUUACUUGGGGCCACAGUAGGUCUGGUCUAUACGGACCAGAUUAUCUUAUGGACAAGGACGUGAUAUUGGUAACAAUGAACUAUAGACUUGGUAUAUUCGGAUUUCUCAGCGCCGAAGAUGAUGUGAUACCCGGAAACUACGGAGUAAAAGAUCAAGUAGCCGCAUUACGUUGGGUGCAGGAAAACAUAAUGCAUUUUAACGGUGAUCCUAAUCGAGUGACAAUUUCCGGCGGAAGUUCAGGAGGUGCUAGCACAGGAUAUCAUAUGCUAUCGCCGAUGAGUAAAGGUCUUUUUCAUAAAGCCAUACUUCAAAGUGGUGCACCGGUUUGCAAGUGGGCCGUUUUACCUCCUGGAAUUCCUCGUAAACGCGCCCAUGCAGUGGCAACUAUUUCAGGGUGUAAUUUCGAUACAUCCGAAGACAUAUUGAAAUGUUUGAGACAAAUCCCAGCUCAAUAUUUGAUAGAUCUUCACACCAAAUUAUUCACUUGGAUUGUUCAUCCUUUCAUUUUAUUCAAUCCUGUGGUUGAAAACUGUAAUACUGGUCAAGAAGCAUUUCUUUGUCAUCAUCCAAUAUAUGACUUUCAUCAAGAGUCGUUCGUACCAGCUAUUGUUGGUUUAAAUUCAGCCGAAGGUGGUUUGUUUGUUGCUGCUAUGUACAACAAUACGGCAUUACUACAUCCAGAACUUCGUACGGAUUUUAAUCGUUUAAUAUCAAUAAUGAUGAAUUAUAAUUAUUAUACAACACCUGAGAACAUUGACGAAAUUGGAGAAAAAGUGCUUAAAAAAUAUUUCCCAUCUGGAGGUAUAGAUGAUCAUACGCAUAUCAACGCUGUUAAAAUGUUCACCGAUUCAUGUUUUACAGAAUGUGUUAUUGAUAUGGCAUAUAAAUUGUCAUCUCCCGUGUAUAGUUAUUUUUAUAAUUAUCAAAAUGAAUUUUCUUAUAAUAAAGCAUUUGGCUCAUGUGAGAGACCCUUAGGAGUCACCCAUGGCGAUGAACUAAAUAGUAUUUUCAAAAUGAAUAGCUUAAAUCCAAAUGAUUUAAACGAAAAAGAUCUUGAAGUUUCGAAAUUAGUCAUUAAUAUUUGGUAUAAAUUCGUUGCAUCUGAUAAUCCUACCAUCGAUGGAUUAGAAAAUGGUUUACCUUGGCCUGAAUUUACAAAACCAAACCAAUCGGUGAUCCUAUUCAAUUCAAGUCAUCCCAGUCUUAUUCAAAAUCCAUGUAUGGAUGCUUAUGCAUUUUGGAAAAAACUUAUAUAAUUUUAUAAACUAGGUAUGCCUGUUUCCGACAAUAAUCAAAAUAAUAAAACAAUCGAAUAUUUUAAAAGUUAA